CCACCCUUUCAACGGAUAAAAACCCUCUUCUGGACUCAUCUUCUUUCUCUCGCCACUGAACCUUAACCCGACCCGAAUUCCGACUGCAAUUUCCCCAAAAUCCUCGUCUCCUUUUCCGGAAUGGCCCCUACGAAUCCUGAAACCUGGACCCAUGGGCCCUCCAUUAUCAAGGAGAACGAACUUCGAGAGAUGGCCGUGCUCCUGGGCAAGGGCUUCCGGGUCCACCAUCCUGAUGCCGUUGGGGGGAUUAGCUUAUCCUACAAUCCAAAUCCCCAGAAAUAUAUGGUCAUGCAGUACCACUCCGUGGAGAACGGAUUUAGAUUGCCCCUCCACGGUCUGCUUCGCGAUCUCUGCCUCCACUUCGGAUUUGCUCCGGGUCAACUGACCGCCAAUGCACACAAGUAUGUUGCAUCCUUCAUCUUGAGGUGUUGUGCCCUGGACAGAGCCCCAAAUCUGGAGGAAUUCCUUAUGCUCUUCAGUAUUGGGGGGUUCCCUUUCUACAGCCUAUACCCCCAUAACCACUUUCCCAUCUUUGAGAAGGUUGAGCUCAAGAUCGACAAAUGGUCAUUGAAAUACUUCGCCAUUGAGUUUCCGGCUCACAGCCCCAUCGAUCUACCAGGUGUCGCCCUCCGCCGUUCCAUCUCCCGGACGAAAUUCGCCACAGCAGACUUGGCGGAGGGAGUGUACCAUGCCUUGAAGGAGAAGGAGGGUUUAAUUUCCCACCACUCUCUCCAAGAUGCCCAACUGUACAAGAAGGCAGGUUUUUACUAUCCCCUGGGUCCUGACUCGAUUCCUUUUGAAGAGGUACCCUCUCCCGAGAGAUCGAAGGUUCCUUCCACUGCAGGGUCUAUCCCGGCUGCAAGCCCUUCUGGAAGUCGGUCCCAAGGAGGUUCCACUACCUUGGUUGUGCGCGAUCCGGCCGCUGCCCUGGACGUUGUUCCUCUUUCCGCCAUCCCCGGGCUCAAGAGGCCCACUCCGUCCCAGAAAUGGCCACGGGAAGGAGUCUCCGGUGAUGACUUCCUUCCCAAAAGGAAUAAGGGCGACAGCAUUUCUGUUUCGCCUAGCCCCCUGUCCACUUCUUCCGGUACCCAGAAUACCACUCCUGCUGCUACCUCCGGGGUCUUGGAGUUAUCCCACCCGGAUAGACAUGAUUGUGAGGAGGAAGAGCCUAGGGACCAGUCUGUGCUCAGGAAACCCAUAACACAGCCCCAGACUGAGGUAUCCGGUUCCUCGCCACACGCCACAACCAGUCCCCAAGUAAUGGAGGAAGAAGGGAUGAGGCAGAAAGAACCAGAGUCCUCCCCUACAGCAGAGAGGGAGGUUGAAGUGCAGACAGAAACGAAAGUCUCCCACCCGGAGGAGGAUGAGACUGGAGAGCAGAGGGAUGUUGAAGCUUCCCUAGAAGUGAGGGAAGAGAUUGAGGCACAGCAGACUCAGGAGGAGCAGCGGGAGCCGGAAGAACGACAUCCCGCUACUGCCCCCCGACUGUCAAUCUCCCCAUCCGGCGCAAGUUCACGCCACAGACUUAUCCUGUUUUUGCAGAGAGUUGGGCAGACUUCUCCCAUGGGGCCUGCAACUCCCCAAUCCCGUCUCGACUUACUUGCCCUCAAUGCUUUGCAUCUCAUGGAACAGCAAUCACUCCUUACUUUGACUGAGGAGUACCUGGGUGGAGCGUCAGGGAACUUUCGGGCCGUUGUGCUCCUGAGGGAAAGGGAAAUGGCUGCCAGGGCCUUGCAACAGAAGGUUGACUCCCUGGAACAACAAGUCCAGAUCUUGCAAGGGGAGAAUGCUCGGCUCCAAGCAGAUAGCUUAACGGAGCUAGCAGCUGAGAGAUCCAAGGUCCAAUCCCUACAAGACCAGAUUGCUGAUUACCACAAGGAGACCCGAGAUCUGGAAGUGCAAUUUGAUAGAUUCCGGGCACAGAUUUCCAUUCUGGAAUCCAGGGUCUCGGCCUCAGAAGACCAGGUGGGAAGCCUGAAAGCUGAGUUGGCUGAAAGGGAGUCCAGGAUUUCUGCGCUGGAGGAUUCCCUCCAGGAUGCCAAGCGUGAGAGUUCCCGUUACAAUGAAUUUGCCCUGAAGCAAAUGGAGGCAAGACGGCUCGACCUCGAGAAGUUGAAGGGAGAGAGACAGGCUGCAAGUGAACUCCGGUCAAAGGUGGAUGAACAGGAGAGGAUGAUUGCUGCUCAUCAAGAGGAGGUGGCCGCCCUGACUGCCCGUGCUGGGGCCCUCUACGAAGAGGGACAAUUUGACAUGCAGCAAUGCAUCUAUGGGGCAGUCCAGAGUGGUCUCCCAAAGAACCGCACUUUGGAUGACUUCAUCUCCUACUAUGGGUUACCUCUUCCUCUUCCUCCCCCAGCUUCUCAGAAGAGAAUAACCCCCAUCUCCCCUCACAGGCCUCGGGGAGUGUACCUCCGGGUCCCGGCGUGCUUCCUAACAGUGCCAGGGCGGAAGUCCCUCCUUGUUGCCCAGGCACUUCUCGUCCGCAGAAGAGACGCAAUCCCCACUCAGGAGCUUCCCGGCUGGUCUCUGGUGCGAGGCCUUCUUCUCAGAGUUCCCCCUCCCCUCAGCAGUUGUAUGGACAGCCACCUGAGGAAUGGGGGGACUAUGACAUGGGGGGAAAUAAGCUUCCAUUUAUACGCAGGGAAAAGGAUGGAACCUUCCGGGAUCCGCCUCCUCCUGCCGUAUAAGCGGAGACAUGCCUUGAAUCCCUCCCUCAUGCCCUAUUGUCCUCCUGGUCUGACUUCAAAGGGACGACCGGAUGGUGCCAACGGAGGGGAUGCCUUUCAAUCCCAACCCAUUGGUUCCGUUUCGUAUCUUUUGAAUGUCAUGAAGGGAGACCGGUGGGCACCUUCAUGGGAUCGCCUGGAUGGUAUCCGCGGGGUUGGCUUUAGAUCCCCACCCGUUGGUACCAUUCUAGUUCCUGUGAAUGUCAUAAAGUGUCUUCGGCGGACACUCUCCAUGCCCCCCCAGCUCUGGGGUCCUUUUUCGGUUCAGGCAAGGAAACAAGGAAAGUCUGAAGGCAAGGUCAUCAUCGACCUAACCCACUCCGGGACAUCUUCUUCUUCAGAUGAUGACUUCUCCACCUCCCCAGCCCAAUCCAACGACAUGGCCGGGUUGAGUCCCGGCGAGUUCUCGAGGCUUUAUCCGGCGCCCCGCCUUCCUGCACCAUCUCCUCCCAGUCCACCCAGGCUUCCCUCCGGGGAGAUAGACUGGGACUCUAUGACUCUCCAGGACUUCGCCCUGUACCAGAGGAUGUGCAGGGCUAAGCUUGGACGUUCUUUACUAACUGUUGAAGCGGAACCUUCAUGUGAAAGCCAGACUGCUUCUCCAAACCUGCUGAAGCCCCCCCACAAUGGUUUUCCAUUGAAGGGAGCAGCCCCUCGUCCUGGGACAUGGGAAGAUUAUGACCUAUGGGAAACCGCUGUUUCAUCAACGUGUCCCUUGUCAAAGAGAAAGAGCCCAUGGAAGGGUCCCCACCUCCUUCUUGUUGACUGCAUGGAUGCAAUAGGCCCUCCUUCAGUUCCUAGCCUCCUGCAAAUCAAAUCAAAUUCCUUUUCCUUGUUUUGUAUCAAGGGGCAUUCACUUGCUCGGUCCAGAGGUUUUCCCCUCAUCCCAAGCUAAGGAAUGUUCCUUAAUUUUGAAGUAGGAAUCAUCAUUGUAAUUCAAAGAUAUACCCUCCGAAUUAGCAAUCGAUAACUCCCUUAGUUUCUUUCCUUGUUUAUUUCACUAGGAACCUUUAUUGUGAACCAAAAAAUGUAAACUUUGGCCCACCAAUAUGGUCCUUAAUGAUCAUUUCUUUGCACCUCUUUAAAUGCAAGUACAUAAUUAAUUCUCCAUAUUAAAUCUCAUCUUCCCGG